GAGCGUUUCGGGCAGUCCCGGCGUUGAGAUUUGUUGAGACGUUCUGGCUGAAAUACACGGUACCAGCGGGCCCUUUUCUCUUGAUCAAUAACAGCACAAUGACCACACCUGCCAUCGAUGCCACCAAGGAGCAAUUUCGCGACUACCUGGACAAGCAGGGCAUUGUCGACCAGCUCACCAAGGUCUUGGUGUCGCUCUACGAAGAGGCCGAAAAGCCCGCCAAUGCGCUCGAGUAUCUGCAACAGCACCUCACAUCUGAAGGUCCUGUCACUUCCGACUUUGAUGUCAUCAAGCAAGAGAACGAGGAGCUCAAGGCGCGCAAUGAAGAGCUGACGGCUCGAGUGGAGGAGCUGGAGGCGCAGCUGGCCGCUACCAGUAGCGCACCAGCGCCCGCCGAGGGAUCCGAGGAAACUGCGCCAGCAGCAGAAGAGGCUUAAUGCCAUGCCUCGGUCGUGCAAAUGGAAUUUUAAAACAAAAACCAGUUUUAGCCCGCCAAUCAUUUUUGCUCAGCUCAGGCACGAGGCGGGCUAGGCUAUGCGCCGUAGAUUGCCCGACCAAGGCUCAUCCACGGCGCUCAACUUGUGACCAUAUCAUCUGUCUUGUUUGAGGCUAUUGGUUUUCGGUCACGCCUUUCUGUGGCUACUUCUUUGUGCCAAUAUCAAAUCGAACCUUACAACUCUC